AUGUUCGAUUUAAGAAAAACGUCACUGGCUAUUCUCUGUUACUUGAUGCAACAUGUCGAUGCGGCCUCCAUCGCACAACGUCAGACUCGCGUUUGUUUCGAUGAAAACGACAAUCCCAUUACUUGCCCGCGUUCCAAAUGGUCCAAGGCCAAAAUUAUCAUAAUCUGCACAAUCGUUGGCAUUGUGCUACUCCUUAUGAUUACAACUUACAUCAUAAAGAACAGAAGAAUACAACCCAUCCGUCCUUGGACAAACCCUUCACGCAUUCAGACUGGUCUCAACAGGUCUUAUCCUCUUCCAGAUUCGACUUUUGUAAUCCCCCCUUCCAGAGAAACGUCUUCCCAGAAGGACAAUAAAUCUCUACGCCCCUACAGCGUAUCGGAACCGGAUACUGCUUUGAUCCCCCCGCCUCCUGCUUACACUCCUACGCACAUACAUUAG